GACAACCAUGGCGCUGAUGGCCAUCCUGCUUCUCAUCAUCCUCAUUGGCCUCUUGCUACUCUGGAGCCAGCCCACUUCCCGGGGUCGCCUCCCUCCUGGACCUUGGCCUCUGCCCUUCCUGGGAAACAUUUUGCAUCUGGACCACAAGGACUUUCUCAAGUCCUUCCAGGCGCUGCGAGAGAAAUACGGGGAUGUCUUCACGAUCUACCUGGGGACCCAGCCAGCCGUCAUCCUGUGUGGGUACGAGGCAGUGAGAGAGGCCCUGGUGGAUCAGGCUGAGGCUUUUUCUGGCCGAGGUCACGUUGCCAUCCUCGACCCCAUCUUGCAGGGAGCUGGUGUUGCCUUUGCCAAUGGAAAGUCUUGGAAGACCCUUCGACGAUUCUCUGUGGCCACCAUGAAGGACUUUGGCAUGGGGAAACGGAGCAUGGAGGAACGAAUCAAGGAGGAGUCUCAGUGUCUGGUGGAGGAGCUGCGGAAAUCCCAAGGGUCCUAUCUGGAUCCCACCGUCCUCUUUAACUCUGUUACGGCCAACAUCCUCUGCUCCAUUAUAUUUGGUGAGCGCUUUAAUUACCAGGACACCCAAUUCUUACGGCUGCUAAAUUUAAUGAAUGAAGUCCUCAUCAUCCUCAGCUCUUUCUACAGCCAGGUGUUUGAAUUCCUCUCUAGCAUCUUGAAACACUUUCCUGGCCCACACACUCGCUUGUACAGAAUCAUUCAAGAAAUGGAAAAUUUUACCUCUGAGAACAUCAAGAGGCACUGGAAAACGCUGGACCCCAGCAACCCAAGGGACCUCAUUGAUUCCUUCCUGCUCCGCAUGGACAAGGAAUGCUCAGAUCCUGAGACUGACUUCCACCACAAGAAUCUCAUCCACACCGUGCUCUCGUUGCUCUUCGCUGGCACGGAGACCUCCAGCUCCACACUCCGCUAUGCGCUUCUUCUCCUUUUUAAGUACCCGGAUGUCUUAGAGAAAGUCCAGGCAGAGAUUGACAGAGUGAUUGGCCCACAUCGUCUCCCAGCCCUUGAAGAUCAGGCAAAAAUGCCUUAUACAGAUGCUGUGAUCCAUGAGAUACAAAGAUUCAUUGACCUCAUCCCCUUUGGUGUCCCCCACCUUGUCAUCAAGGACACUGACUUCCGGGGAUAUCAUCUCCCUAAGGACACUACUGUGUAUGUCAUGCUGACCUCUGUCCUCCAUGACCCACGCCACUUUGAGAAGCCAGAUGUCUUCUACCCUGGUCACUUUCUGGAUGCAGAGGGCAACUUCAGAAAGCACGAAGCCUUCAUUCCUUUCUCCAUGGGAAAACGUCUCUGUCUGGGUGAGGGCUUGGCUCGCUCCCAGCUCUUCCUCAUCUUGACCUCGAUGCUGCAGAACUUCUCCUUGGGCUCUCCUCAGGCCCCAGAAGACAUUGACUUCACACCCAGGAUAAAUGGGUUGACAAAGCUGCCCUCUGUGUUCCAGCUGUCCUUCCUUCCCCGCCAGGGAGGGGGACAAGGGAUGCAGACCCCCUCAGAAUCUUUGCAUCCAGCCCCCACCUCUGCCCACAAUGAAUUUGUGGAGGUCUCCUGACUCCUCCCUGUUCACUCUCCCCAGUGGAAAGUACUUUCUGUAGUCUUUCCUUCAUCCAGCCUGUUGUAGUCACCAUUUAUCCCAGACGGCCUGCACUGUUGAUGGAGAGUAAAAUCUCAGGGUUUCAGGGUCAAGAAAUACUCAAUAACUUACCACCAUCCCUAGCAGACUUAGGGAAACUGAGGCCGAAAGGAAGGAAAGGUUUCCAUCCAAGAUUACCGAGGACAGCAGCAACAGGUGUCCCUUGUCCACAUCUACACCCCCCACCCCCACCCUCCUGUUACCUACUUGAGUUGAAAAGACCAGUUCAGCGCACAACUUAUGUGCUGUGUGACUCAAAAAUAUCUUCCUUACCUCUCUGAUUUUAUCCUCUAAAAUCAGCGAGAUCAAAAUAAAGUUCUACCAUUUCUAGGCAAAACGGCUAUCUGUGCUGCCUUGCUAUUAUCAUUUCCUUUUGGAAGUGAAAUUCACAGAACAUAAAAUUAACUCUUAACCAUGUUAAAGUGUCCAAUUCAAUGGCGUUUAGUACAAACACAAUGGUGUGCAACCACCAUCUUUAUCUUUUCCUAAAUAUUUUCAUCAUCCCAAAAGGAAGCUCUGUACCUAUUAGGAAGUCAGGAGGCAAGGUGGUAGGAGGGAAAGGACUAUAUUACAGUUUGCUAGCAAGAGGGAAGAUGGCCGACUCGUCUCAGAAAGAACCAUCUCACCGAACAAAGAAGACAAGCCAGUUAUAUACAGGCUAUUCUCCAGGUUGGGGAGGCUGCUGGUCUCUGUGUGGGGGCAGACAUCUGAUCCCAGCUCCUGAUACUGCAUUGUCUUACUGGAUAUGCAUCAGAGAGUGGAGCGAUGUCCUAUACCCUGAUCUUUCAGUUGUCAUUGAUGAUGGC